AUGUUAGUUCUUCUAGAAUACAGUAUAAUAAGUAAUUAUUAAAAUAAUUUUAUCCAAUUUUAGCUUGUCAAAAUUUUUAAUGAAUUAAGAGUACAAUUUGUUGAUUCUCUUAAUUAAGAAACUUUAGAUGAAAGUUAAGCAGAGACUAAAUAUACUGAAAGAAUUGCUUAAUUAGAAAAAGAAUUUGCAGAAUCUUCAAGAUCAGUAUUAAUAAAAAAUUCUGAAUUGGCUGCAAAUGAAUGUAUAUUCUAUUGAAAAAUAUUAAUUUAGAAAAACUUGGAGAAACAAUUGUCUAUGUAGGAUAAAGAAAAGAUGAUAAAGAAACUCUUGAAGCUUAAUUGUAAGCAGAAAAUGAUAAUUAUGCUGCAGAGACAGAUUUAUUCAUAAGAACUAUAAGUGAAUAUAAUAAAGAAAUUGAAAUUAGUAAAUAAGCCUAUGGUCUACUUACUUAACAAAGUUUCGAAUCUUAUGUUAAAUCAAAAGUUGGAAUUUGA